AUUAUUUUUCGUAUUUGCAAGCAGGUCCUUAAAAAAACACCAUUGGAGCUGCUCUAAAAUAUUCCAAAGUUGCAAUGAAAGUAGUACGAAAGUUUGUGAAAAAAAGAUAACAUGAGGAAAAAAAUUAAAAAAACAUAUAAAAACGGUAAAAGUUAACGUUAAAAAUUUCUUACCAAAAAAAAAAAAAAAUCCUAACUGCAAACAGAAUUAGACACGCAAGAUAUCCAAUAAGAGAAAGCCGCGUGAAAUAUCACACCCACAAAAAAAAUUCUGGAAUAUUUCUUUUCCUUCUCCUACCUGGAAAACAAUUUGCACACCUAUUUCUUCAAUUUCUCUCUCCUCAAUUCCUGCAAAUUUCAUCUCUUUCUUUGUCCUUCUACUUUAAUCACCUAAUUUCGUUACCAAUUCAUCUUAAUCUUUCAUUAUUCAAGAAACCCCUCUUUCAAUUCACAAACCCUAAUUUUCUCACUUAAUUUUCUUUGAUUACUCAAGUUAUGGCGUUCAGAGGUGGUGCUGCUCCCUUCAGAUCAAGCGAUGGGUUGAGUACUCGGCAGGUGGGAAAUUCAGAUGAGAUUCAAUUGCGGAUUGAUCCAAUGCAUGCUGACCUUGAUGAUGAAAUUAUUGGUCUUACUUCUCAAGUUCGAAGGCUUAAAAAUGUAGCACAAGAGAUUAACUCAGAGGCAAAACUUCAGAGUGACUUUGUAGAUCAGUUGCAAAUGACCCUUAUCAAAGCUCAAGCUAGUUUGAAGAACAACAUGAGGAGAAUAAACAGCAGCAUUGUGCAAAACGGAUCAAAUCAUGUAAUGCACGUUGUUCUCUUUGCUCUUUUUUGUCUCUUCUUGGUUUACUUCUGGUCCAAAUUUUCCCGACAUUAAGCAAAUGAGUCUUGUUGACUCCUUAGAGAAGCUUCUAUUGUACUGUACAUCUUCCCAGCAAAGAAAAUGAAGUUGAUUCUAGUUAUUUUUAAAAA